AUGGUUGUUGGGGUGGAUGGGAACAAUGGUUAUUUCCCAUAUGGAAAAGUUUGGGUAGUGAUUAGUGACAAACAAAAGGGACUUGUACCUGCCAUAGAGACAGUACUUCCAACUGCAGAGCACAGGAUGUGUGUGAGACACCUGUACAGUAACUUUAGGGCAUCACAUAUUGGUCUUGCUCUGAAACAUAUAUUAUGGGCUGUAGCAAGAGCUACAACUGUGCCUUGGUGGGAGGCAGAAAUGGAGAAGAUGAAAAAUGAGGAUGAGGAAGCUUGGAAGUGUUUCAAUGCAGCCAUACUAGAUGCAAGGGAUAAGACAAUUUUGAGUUGCUUGGAGAGGAUAAGGGUGUAUAUGAUGCUUAGGAUGGCUAGUAGGAGGUCUGCAUGUAAGAAUUGGAGAUACUCUGUUGGGCCUAGGAUCUUCAAGAUAAUUGAGAAGAACAAGCUAGGUUCAUUUCAAUGCAUUCCUAGAUUGGAUGGUGAAAAAUUGUAUCAAGUGAGCCACAUUUAUGGUGGAGAAUUUGUUGUAGACCUUAGAGCAAAGACAUGCUCUUGUAGGAGGUGGAAUUUAUGUGGAAUACCAUGUCCCCAUGCAAUCUCAGCAAUAUUUCAAAGAUGUGAAAACCCAAUUGCUUAUGUGGAUGAUUGUUAUAAGCUCGAGACUUAUAUGAAGGCUUAUGAACCAGUGAUUCACCCCAUCCCUUCAAUGGACCAAUGGAGUAAAUGUGGCCUUCCUCCAAUUAAAUCUCCACUUUAUAAGCAACAACCGAGUAGGCCUAAAAGAGUUAGGACGAAGGAGCCUGGUGAGGUUGAAAUACCAACCCCCAUCCCACCAAACCCUAGGCCUCCAAAUUAUAUUGCCCCACCAGCCAAGCUUAGAAGGGUUUUCAUUAAAAUAAGAUGUUGUGGAUGCGGUCAAAAAGGUCAUAAUAGAGCAACAUGUGACAGACAAAACAAUGAAACCCAACAGGUUCAUGCAUCUUCAGCUCAAAUGGAGAAAGGUUCUUCUUCACAACCAGUACAACCUUCUUCACAACCAGUACAACCUUCUUCACAACCAAGACCUAGCAUAGUAAGAGGGAGAGGCAUAAGUAGAGGGAGAGGCGUAAGUGAAGGAAUAGCUACUGCUUACCCAAUGGCACAACAAAGUGUAAGCUUUGGUUGCUCUUGA